AACCAGAAGCUGCUGCUGGAAAACCAGCUCCUGCGGGAGAAGACGUGUAACCUUGCUCUGGAGAACCAGGAGCUGCGCUGCCGCCUGGGUUUAGAUGCUCUGAAGACAGAGGAGGAGAGCGAGUCCAAGGUUGUGAGGGAAUCACAGGUGGAUGAGAUUGGAGUGGUGACCGGGUCCGCUGAGCGCAGCACUCAGACUACGUGUUCCUCUGCAGCAGGUGCAGGCCCAGCAGUCACCAUUUCUGAUAACUUCCACAUGGAUUCUGAUGGCAGUGACUCUUCAGACUCAGAGUCUGAUCUCCUGUUGGGCUUUCUGGACAGUCUGGACCCAGAGAUGUUUCUCAAAUAUGCUGAUUCAGAGUCAACAUGCCUGGAAAAGCUGGAGGAAGAUAUCUGCGGAGAAACGAAUUCCAUACCAACCUCCCCCUCUCUGUCUUUGGGGUCCCCAUCAGCUAAGCUGGAGGCCAUUAAUGAACUGAUAAGGUUUGAUCAUGUGUACACAAAGCCCCUAAUACUGGAGAUUCCUGUUAAAAUGGGCAACCAAACCAAUAUGCUAGUGAAAAUUGAGGAAGUAUCUCCAUCUGAAGACAAAGCUAUCCCUGAGGUCCCAGUAUCUGUGAAAGAAGAACCUGUAGACAGCUUCAUGCCUGAACUGGGCAUCUCUCAUCUGCUUUCUUCUCAUCAUAGCCUUGCAGCCUCAAGCUAUCUGUUGGAUGCCUGUAGUGACUCUGGAUAUGAAGGAUCCCUGUCACCCUUCAGUGACAUGUCCUCUCCACUUGACACUGACCAUGCUUGGGAGGAUAGCUUUGCCAAUGAACUCUUUCCCCAACUGAUCAGUGUCUAAAUCACUAGAGUUACAGUGUCUAACUCAGUAGUGUUAACUCCCCUUGGAUACCUAUCCUGGCAGGAUAACAGGAUAUGCCCCUUUGGGGUGGGGGUGGGGGAAAUCAAAAGUAUUCAGGAAAGCAUUGCUCAUUUCUACUCAUGCUGGUAGGUGGAGUGAUGGCCAAUGCAUUUCUCCUGGU